UAAAAAUGGAAGUAGAGAAUAAAUAAAAAGAAAAAAAGAGUCCUUUCACUUUCCAGUUUAAACUUUCAAGGAAACCCUACACUGGAAACUAAAGUCCCUGCUUUGUUUGGGCAACCCUUUGAUAAGUUUGCUGUUUUUGAAGUUUCAUCUGACAAAAUUACGAGUGCAUUGUUUGGUUAAACCUACAUCGGGUGAAAUUUCUCUUGCAGAUUGUUUUGAGAAAGUGAAAUCCCGAAGAAAUUGGGUUUGUUUAAGCACCGGAUAUGUCGGAUAUUAGGAAGUGGUUUAUGAAAGCACAUGAUAAAGGCAAAGGCAAAGGCAAUGGCACUGCUUCAAAGCCGGCAAAUGCAGCAGAAACCAAAACAGAUUCUGUACCUGGAGGCCAAGAAAAUUCUGGCAGAAGGAAAACUAGUAAGUAUUUUCCUGCAGAAAAGCAAAAGCCAAAAGAUGAACAAGAAAAUGAGGAACUUCCAGUCAAGAGAAAAGUUCAAAAUGAAAGUAGUGAAAAAGCCCCACCUUCAAAGAAACCAAGCAAAGUCGAUGUUGAUGAUGACUUUGUUCUGCCCAAAUCUAAGAACUCUGUUGAUGUCACUCCUAGUAAGAAACUGAAGAGUGGUUCAGGCAAGGGUGUUGCACAAAAAGCUGUAGAUAUUGAUGAAAGUGAUGAAGAUGAUGUUAAAGAUUUGAAGUCUCCUGUAAAGCCAGGUGGAAAGGUUCGUGGUGGCAGGGGUGCAUCAAAAGGCCCAGCUGGCGGAAGAGGCAGAGGUGGUGAUAUUGACGAAAGUGAUGAAGAGGAUAUUAAAGAUUUGGAGUCUCCUGUGAAGUCUGGUGGAAGGGCUCGUGGUGGUAGGGGUGCAUCAACAGGAUCAGCUAGUGGAAGAGGCAGAGGUGGUGGACGGGGUGGAUUUAUGAAUUUUGGAGAAAGGAAAGACCCUCCACAUAAAGGAGAGAAGGAAGUCCCUGAAGGUGCCCCUGAUUGCUUAACUGGUCUAACUUUUGUAAUUAGUGGAACACUUGACAGUUUAGAAAGGGAAGAAGCAGAGGACUUAAUCAAACGAUAUGGUGGUCGUGUUACUGGAUCUGUCAGCAAAAAAACGAAUUAUCUUUUGUGUGAUGAAGAUAUUGGAGGUCGAAAGUCCUCUAAAGCCAAAGAGCUUGGCACUAAAUUUCUUACUGAGGAUGGAUUGUUUGACAUGAUCCGUGCUUCAAAUCAUGGAAAAGCUCCUUUGAAAGGACAGUCAAACAAAUCUGCAGUCACUGUUGCUCCUUCUCUACCUAAGAAGAGUCCCCAACAGACGGAAGUGAAGGCAACAUUAACCAAAAGUCCGAGUCCAAGUGUCUCAUCUGCCAAGAAAAGAGGGCAACCAGUCCAGCAUUCUUCUCUGCCAUGGACUGAAAAAUAUAGGCCAAAAGUUCCAAAUGAAAUCACUGGGAAUCAGUCACUGGUUAAACAACUCCAUGAUUGGCUGACACAAUGGAACAAGCAAUUUCUUGGUACUGGAAGCAAGGGAAAGGGCAAAAAGCAAAAUGAUUCUGGUGCUAAAAAGGCUGUUCUAUUAAGUGGAACACCUGGAAUUGGGAAAACUACAUCAGCAAAGUUGGUUAGUCAGAUGCUAGGUUUCCAGACCAUUGAGGUAAAUGCUAGUGAUAGUCGUGGAAAGGCUGACGCCAAUGUUUCUAAAGGAAUAGGUGGAAGCAAUGCAAAUUCCAUAAAGGAACUAGUUAGCAAUGAAGCCUUGGGUGUUAAUAUGGACCGUUCAAAACAUCCAAAGACUGUCCUGAUUAUGGAUGAGGUGGAUGGCAUGUCUGCUGGUGAUAGAGGUGGCAUUGCUGAUCUUAUUGCUAGCAUAAAGAUUUCCAAAAUACCAAUCAUUUGCAUCUGUAAUGACCGCUACAGUCAGAAGCUGAAGAGCCUUGUAAACUACUGUUUGCUUCUCAGUUACCGUAAACCUACAAAACAGCAGAUGGCAAAGAGAUUAAUGCAAGUUGCAAAUGCUGAAGGUCUUCAAGUUAAUGAGAUUGCUCUUGAGGAACUUGCAGAAAGAGUGAACGGAGACAUGCGCAUGGCCCUAAAUCAGUUGCAGUACAUGAGUCUGUCCAUGUCUGUUAUUAAUUACAAUGACAUAAAGCAACGCCUUCUUAGCAGUUCCAAGGAUGAAGAUAUGUCCCCCUUCACAGCUGUUGAUAAGCUGUUUGGUUUUAAUGGCGGAAAGUUGAGGAUGGACGAAAGAAUUGAUCUAAGCAUGAGCGAUCCUGAUCUAGUCCCACUUCUUGUUCAGGAAAAUUAUAUCAAUUAUAGGCCCAGUUCAAUUGGUAAAGAUGACAGUGGAAUUAAACGAAUGAACUCAAUUGCCCGAGCUGCUGAGUCUAUUGGUGAUGGUGAUAUAAUAAACGUGCAGAUUCGAAGAUAUCGACAGUGGCAGCUCUCACAAACUAGUGCCCUUUCAUCAUGUAUCAUUCCUGCUGCAUUGCUACAUGGACAAAGAGAGACGCUUGAACAGGGAGAACGCAAUUUCAAUAGAUUUGGUGGCUGGCUGGGAAAGAAUUCAACCAUGAGCAAAAAUUAUAGGCUUUUGGAGGAUCUUCAUGUUCAUUUCCUUGCUUCUCGUGAGUCUUGUUCAGGAAGAGAAACUCUUCGACUUGAAUAUCUCACAAUUCUUCUGAAAAGAUUGACCAAUCCGCUUCGAGACAUGCCUAAGGAUGAAGCUGUUAAGCAGGUUUUAGAGUGUAUGAACGCUUACUCAAUAAGCCAAGAGGAUUUCGAUACCAUCGUGGAGUUAUCUAAAUUCCAGGGCUAUCCAAAUCCAAUGGAAGGCAUUCCACCAGCUGUCAAAGCAGCACUGACAAAAGCAUACAAGGAAGGAAGCAAAACACGAAUAAUACGAGCUGCAGAUUUAGUAACUCUUCCUGGAAUGAAAAAAGCCCCAAAGAAGCGGAUUGCUGCAAUUCUAGAGCCAUCAGAUGAUGUAUUAGGGGAGGAGAAUGGUGACGAAUUGCCAGAAAAUGAUGAGAACACUUCAGACACAGAGGACUUGGAAGGUACUACCAAUGGUGAGAAGCUGCAGGCCGAACUUCAGAGUUUGAAUUCGAAAGGAAUCGAAGUACAAAUGGAGUUGAAAGGGACAGGGAAUUCAAGUGCUAAGAAGGCGCCAUCUGGUAGAGCAAAAGGUGGUGGUAGGGCUGCAUCUGCAGAAAAGAAAGGUGGGCGUGGCUCGGGAGCUGGUGCAAAAAGAAAAAGGUAAGAAGUGCGUAUAUGUUAGAGUGGACAUUUUACAAUUUUGGCAGUGUUUAUAAGCAGUGUAAGUAGUAUGUCCCCUCGAUGGCGACGACGCCACCGCCAUCGCUUCUAAAGUCUUCGAUGUUGGUAGUGUUUUGGAGAAUACUUUUCCUAUUUCUAUGGGGUUUGUUGCAAAACUGUUUGAGCCCAUUUGAGUAUGUAUGUAUGUUUGUUAUGAAUUGGUGAAUUGGGCAACACAUUCCGUUAAAACCAUCAUUAUGGAUGAAGACCCAAAUGCACUUUUUUAAGUCAAAGAUGCCCAACCUUAGUGAA